AUGUAUUUAGUGAAUGGUCCGUUGUAUUCAACAAUAUAUGAACGAAUUUCUCCUGAAGUGAGUUAUACAUCAACGAUGAUGUAUCAUGAAGGCGUUUCCUCAAAAUCGAUAUUGUUGAAUGUGUGGUCAAAUGCUACUCAGAUCAAUGAUACAACAUUGAUGAUGCAAUUCGAUACAUCAAUUCGUAAUAAUGCUACAUUUUACACUGAUAAUAAUGGACUCAAUUUACGCGAGAGAUGUUACGAUGAAAAUAUACCAAUGGAAACGAAUAUAUAUCCGGUAGCAAGUGAAGCCAUGAUUGAAGAUGAUAGAAUAAGAAUGACAUUGCUUAGCGGACAACCAACCGGUGCAACGUCUUUGAAUUCAGGUGGUUUGAGUGUUAUGCUGGACAGGCGAUUGUUGGGUGACGACGGAAAAGGGGUCGGAUUCGGAGAAGCCAGUGAGAGUUAUCCAUCGGAACUAAAAUACCGAAUUGUUUUUGAAAAACGAUCCAAUCGUUCAUCACCAUCGACGUCUUCGCCAACUCUCUUCCACUCAUUAACUGUGCAACGAUCUUUCGAUGAAUUGUUAUACCCACCUAAUUUGUUUAUUCAAUCCGGAUCAACCACUCACUCAAUGGCUGGCAUUCAUCCACUUGCUAGAAGUAGAUCGUGCUAUUUCAGUUCUUCGUUUCAGUCACUCAUCACAGAAUUCUUUCGAUCAUUAUCGGGUCGUAUAUUCGAAAUGAAUUUAACGGGUACAAUACGAGGUGAUCAGUUGAGGCCGGCAGUUAUCGCUCAACGUUUUUCGAGGCCUUUUGAGAUUCAUUCCUUUGGCAUUCAGGUCGAUGAAAAUUCUUCAAGCGACUUCACGUCGUUAUUUUCAUUUUAA